AUGGGCAAAGACAAGUACAGGUCCUUCUUGCAUGAUGAACCUGAUAACAUCCAGUGGAGACAUGGUGGUCCUCCUACUUAUGAUGCUGUUAACAAGCUUUUUGAAGAAGGAAGAACCAAGGAAUGGCCAGAAGGAUCAUUGGAGGAGAUAGUGCAAAAUGCUAUCAAGUCAUGGGAGAUGGAGCUCUCACACAAGACCCGUUUGCAGGAUUUCAAGACAAUAAACCCCGAGAAGUUCAAGCUCUUUGUGAAUGGCAGGGAGGGAUUAUCUGGAGAGGAAACUCUAAAGUUGGGAAGUUAUAAUGCUUUGUUGCAAAGUUCUCUGCCAGAAGACCUGAAGCCUUACAAAGCUGAUGAAGAGACUUUUGAAUCAUCUCAUGAAAUCUUCAGAUCAGCUUUUCCUAGAGGGUUUGCUUGGGAGGUGAUAAAAGUUUAUAGUGGGCCACCUGAAAUUGCUUUCAAGUUUAGGCACUGGGGCAUCUUUGAAGGCCCUUUUAAGGAACACGCCCCUACUGGGAAGAUGGUCCAAUUCUAUGGCUUUGGAACUGUCAAGGUGGAUGACUCUUUGAAAGUUGAAGAGGUGGAAAUUUACUAUGACCCAGCUGAGAUGCUUGGAGGCCUUCUAUCAGGGAAGGACCCAAAUCACCUCAUAGAAGAUGGCACCAAAACUUCAGCACCUUCCCAAGCAUGUCCUUUCUCCAAAUAG